AUGAACGACGAGGCAAUCGACCUUCAGACUGGUCCUACGGCCCCUCGACACAGACCUAGAACUUCCCAUUCCGGGCCGGCUUCGUCAAGCCCCCUCCAAGUCAGAGCUCGGAAUCAGUCGUCCUCUCCUUCCGAAUCUCACGGGACCUCACCUUUCGUUCUCCCUCCUCUCCCAACCCUACGUCGCGAGCGCUGUCCGUCCGAAUCAGUCACGUCUCCCGAGUAUCUACGGCAGCGGGCAGGGAGCGGUGCAUACUACGCUGCGGCCUGGGGAUCGCCGUAUGCUACACCAAGUCCUCGAGGGUCGCCUCACACUGCACAUUCUGGCGGUCGAUUUCUUGGUGUAGACUCCGGAUCUCCAUACGCUUCGAAACAGAAACUGGGCAGGACUCGAUCCACGGGCCAUCUCGACGAGUACAUCGCAGUUGAAGACGAAAAUUACACCCAGCGCAGGAAGCGUCUGUCUACGACGAGAAGACUCCGGAACGCGCUUUCGGAGAGACAGAACUGGUUGAGCGAAUCUGAGGAAAGCGGUUCCAACACAAGUGCGACCACUACCCCAACCCGUGAAGCGUACCUCGACACCUGGGGGUUGGAAAGCGUGGACCGAUCUUCGAAAAAGCACCGUAUGACUGAGAGCCUAGCGACCAUCACCCCUGAUACGUUCCAUGACUUGGGAACUUCCCCGUUAGGGUCUGAACAUCGGCGUCGACCACCGUCUCCGUCUCAGGAGACCAGCAUGGGUGAGCAAGAACGUGGCAGUGUCGAAAUGGAGGAGAAGCCUGCCCCGGCCGUUGCUAUAAAUGUGUCAGCAGUUGAAGAGGGGGAGAAACUGUCGGGCAGUCCAGCUCCAGCGGCGCGGCCUCGACCUGGUUCAAUGCAGUCAUAUCAGCGGCCAAAAAAGAAAGUGGUCUGGAGGGGCAAGACUUGUAUCAUUGCGUUACCGUUGACCGACCGACAAUCUGCGGGUCUGCCACCGUUAUUAACGGCUCAAGAGAUCAAAGACCGAAUACAAGGUUGGAUUGCAGCCGGAUAUCGCGUGGAUGGCUCAGACCCCGAUUUCCCUGAAGGUGCACCGAUCGAAAGCAGUGGCCAGAGCCGCGCGAUCUAUCCGGAUCCAACAGAACUGCAGGCCGAACGCAAGUCACGCCAGUUUCAAGUCCAUGUUCCCGAUCAAGCAGAAUGGGAGUCCUGGGUAAAUCAUUUGAAGGAGGAAAAGCUGCGCGCAUUAGGUGUCAGUCCAAGCAAUUCGGAAGCCCCGCCGCCGACCAGGUCACCUUUUUCGCCCGCCUUGAGUCAAGUGUCCUCAACUUAUCCAGGGUUGGCCCACUCGCCUCCUAUUGCUCCCUCGUCUUCUGGAAGCAAUGCUCUGAAAGCGGGAGCUCAUCCAUUCUCUCCAUCUCUGAUAUCAUCAGCCGGCAUCAGCCCGCAGCCUCUACAUGGUUACAAACAGUCGAUUGCCCUUCCCAACGUUCGUGGUGGGAUUCCCUCUUCAUUCGACCCUCAUCUUUCACAGCCUGGCUCACUCCCUCCAGGCAUUCAACCAAAAAUACAGCCCCUGUCCUCUCGUCAGAACAGCUUCUCGCCUAACCACCCCUUACGUCUCCCGAAUGUUGGGGAAGUCUUGUCGCCCGUGCCCCAGUCAGGAGGCUUGGACAUGCGCGGUCCAGGGGCUAAGCUUGGUCCGGAACAAGGCCGGCCUAAUUACAUGGUAUCACAAGGGCAUGCGCUCCCACAGGGCCUUAAUCGGCAUACACCCAGCCCUAGACUGCCUCCGCGUGUCGAGAGCUUGGCUCAUACGAAGGAGCGAAAUGGAGAUUCUAGGCCGCCUCUGGAGAUCGCACAUCCUACACCAAAGAGUCAUCGUCAAAAUCUUAGCUUAGCGCUACAGAGGGAAAUUGAUGAAGCUGAGGCUGCACUGUAUGCUAAGGAAGCAGAGCAUGAAGCUGACUCAUCUGGGGUGACUGGGCACUUGGAUGGAAUUGCAAGGAACGGCUCUGCCAUGGACGAGUCCGUAAACGACGAACCUCCGAUCCUCAGGCGGCCUGAAACGAUCACAGACGAGAAAUCCGAGAUCGAGACCAACCCUAGCAUAGCUGCAACUCCAAUGCUCAUGGACGAUAAAAAUCCGUUUGCCAAUUGGCAAGCGUUGAGCGACGCCGCCAAAGCAGAACCUAGAGCUGGUCAGGAUCGCCCCCAGACAACAAAGCUCAACGUGGAGGCAAAGCCAUUCGAUCCUCGGGCCGGCUUCUUGAGCACCAACUUCUCAUUCGGAGGGGACCCUUUCACUCCGUUCGGUCUGCCUCCCACUGCGCCGCUGCCCUCCAUUCAAAAACCUGCCGCGAGGAGCAGAGUUUCAAUGUCGCACCUUAAUGUGGAAGCGCCUCCAUUCACCCCUUCUUCGGUGUCCCAAAAGCCUGUGAAAGAGACGCCGUUCCAAUUCAGCUCCGCCACCUUCAAUGUCAAGGCGCCGGAGUUCAACCCCACCAGACCGGCCAUCGUAAAUGUGAAAAGAAGUGUUACUGAUCCCACGGGAGCGGCCUCAAACGUCCCGAACAGCAUAUUUGGGAAGGUUGUCAUCGAUUCAACAUUAAAGGUAUCUCGACGAGCAACCAAGGCCGUACCGAUCGUUCCACCAAAAACGAGGGAUUACGGAAGAUCAGGCACCGACACCGACGCAGAGGAAGACGAUGGGCGGCCUAUGCCGCCUACGGAAAGACAAAAGCGAGUACGACGAAGCAGUGAUGGAGAUGCCAGUCCUGUCUUUGCUGAUUCGGCCCCUUUCAACCACUCGAGAAUCCUGUCGGACAUUGUUGACCACGUCGAGGCAAACGAACCGAGAUCGGAAACUCCACAGAAACCUGUGGAUGGCUGGAGCUAUAUUCCCGCAGAGGAAAAGCCACAGAGCAGCGAGGCCGAAACACCUGUUCCUCAGAAGGAGGAUGGGCAUGUGCCCGCCGGCGAAUCAGGGUUCACUUUCAAGGAUCAGCGAGAUGCAGUCAAAUUUGACGAAGCGCGUCCACUGGACAUUCAUCGCCAAGCUACAUCACAGGAGGACAUUGAAACCAACAACGCGGACAAGGCAGGUGGCUUGAAGCAAGAAGUGCAGAAAGACUUCGAAGGACAGAAGGCGAAGGAUGGCGGCGAAGAGUCACAGGCUCAGGCUGAAGUCGCUUCGAGUACAGCACAAGGUGAAAAGCCCAAACCAUCUCUGUCGGCUCUAGCACAGCCCUUCGAAUUCAAACCUUCCUCGUCGAGUCCACACGGGUCGUCAACCUUUGCAACCCCUCGGAAGCCCCAGGGCUUGGAAGCCUCGAAAUACGCGGUACCAACGCACUCCAAGCAGUCUUCUCCUGAGGUUACAGCCACCGUUUCCUCCCCUCCUCAAGCCGCCUAUAGCUACGCAGAAGAAGAGAAAUCUUCAGAGUCUGACGUGGAAGAAAUAGUCGAGGUAUACGAGGAGGUCAGUGGCGUUGAGGACAACGCCGGCUCUGAUGCUGAGCAUGAGAGUUCGUCGCAGUCCUCCGGAGCCGAAAAUCCAGGACCCCAGGCUCGGGAGAAGAAUGAGUACAACGGUCAGUCUCCAAGGCUGCGUCCCCAGGACGAACCCGUACCGUCAUUUGAAGAAAUCGACGCUGUCAUGAAGCAAUUUGAAGUGCAUCCGGAAUUGGGCAUUGAACGAAGCGAAACCCCACUUCAAUCAACGCCUCUCGUGGACAUGCGCCUGGAUAGAAACUUUCGCAGCGAUGCGCCGAGUCCAAGUCUAAGUUCAAAAUCAAUUUCUCGAAAGCACCAAGAAGCUGGAACAGCUGAAAUUGACCAGUCACAUAAUGAUGCGUCAUUUGGCCUUGGAAUUGGAGUACACAACCUGAACUCCGGGCGGGAUGACGUGAGUGACUGGGAUGAUACCCUGCCAGCCACCGAGGACGCCAACUUGCGGCUGCGUUCCGAAUUUUUCGAUGGACAUGUCAGAGACUUGGUCGGCGGCCUUCUCGAGGAUCGUUUGGGUCCUCUAGAGAAGACUCUCCAAGUCAUUCAACAAUCUCUGGCUUCUGUGGUCACGAGCUCAAGGCCCAAGAGUAGUCGACGGAGCAUGUCCACUGAGCCCCAAGACUCUGAUGCCGACGAUGAAGACGAAGACGAGGAACAUUACGACGCUUUCGAAGGCUUUGCAUCCUACAGGGCCAAAUCUCCUGCGGCUAGAAGAGGAGGUCGCAGGCAAGAUAAGAUCCGCGCCGCCGUCGCCGAAGCUUUGGCAGCCUACCAGCCACCGGUCGCGCCGCAACCUUCAAUAGACAUGACCGAGAUCAACCAGAUGGUGCAAGAGAUGAGACAGAUCACUGCUCAGCAAGCCGAGAAACAAAAUCACACCCAGUUAGACUUUAAGGCGAUUGUCGAAGAUGUCAUCUCUCAUCAUCCUCGGCUACGGGGAUCCAGAGUCCAACAAGAUCAGGAUGAUACGAAGUAUAAGCCACAGAUCGAUGGCCUUGAAAGCAUGCUCAAGAUAUCCAAAGAACAUGCUGCCGAGGAAGCUCGUCUACGAAGACAGGCCGAAGAAGAGGUGACGGAGUUGAAUUUGCGGCUGCGCAUAGCCGAGGAGGAGGCCGCGCAGCAUCGGGAGUCAUCGGAAGAGGCGCAACAUUCCCUACAGGCGUUUAUCGAGGAGAAAGAAGCAUACAAGAACCUCGAGGGUGAAGUGGAUGCGCUCAAUCUCAAGAACGCGGCACUGGAGACCACCCUCGAAGAGUAUCGUGUUUCGAGCGAUCAAUGGCGGGAGGACGUUCGGUUCGAACGUGAGAAAAACAAGGAACUCCAGGAAACAUUGCGUCAACUCCGCCAGCAACUGGACGAUCAAGCGGACUCGCGACGAACCCUGCGCAACAAGCUGGAGCGUGUGCAGGGCCACAUGAUCCAAGUCGUCCACGACUUGCAUGCCGAGCAGGCAGACUGGAGGGACAAGGAACAUCGUCUGCACAACCGGUUGGCGACCCUUGAGAAUGAGCUCGAACUUGAGCGAAAGCGCCGUGACAAAGUGGAACAGGACAAGGCCGUGCUGGAAAAUGAACUCCAGAGCAGCUUACACCUCAAGCCUGCACUAGAGCAGUCACAACUCGAGGUGUCCCGGUUGAACCAGCUGGUCGCGUCACUGCAGGAGGAGAACCGAGCCUUGGACACAAAGGUGUUCAACCUCGACCGUGAAUUGGCUCAUGUAAUCAGCAGCAAAGACGCUGAGCUGGCCACUGCUACUGCCAAAUUACAGGCCCAACUCGACGGUGCCAACGCUCGACUCCACAGUAUCCGAACAGACUCGGAAGCGCAAAUUUCCAGGCUGCAAAGUCGCCUGGAUCACGCCGAGCUGGAUAUCGAAGACCAAAAAGCCAAACAUGACGCACUGAUGGCUGAGACCAUAGAGGCCCACAAGGAAGCACUCCGUGAAGCCAACGAAAAGCGAGAAAGUGCGCUUGAAGACCAACAUCAGGCCCACGAAAAGAAGCUCAAUGACCUGCGCGACCGUCACACCAGGGAGCUGCACAACUCGUUCGACAACCGGACACGGCUUGAGCAUCAUCUCAACGAGAAGCUGAAUUUGAGCAACGACAAAGUCAAGCAUCUGGAAAGCAAGAUCGCUGACCUCGAGGAACGACUGGCCAUCACGAAAUCAGCGGCCAGGGCAGCGGCAGAAGCUGCCGCCGCGAAAGGGGUCGAUGUCCCCACUCCCGCUCCCUCCAUCGUUGCAUCUCCGCCUCCACGGGCAACAAGCGCGUCUAUUUCUUUAGCAAGAGGAUCCGAUGUGCCGGAGAAGAUCUCUCCUCAAGCUCUUAGAGAAUCCAUCAUGGUCCUGCAAGACCAACUCCAGAACCGAGAGCAAAAGAUUGAAAAGCUCGAAGGCGAUCUUGCCGCGGUGGACAUGGAGGCGCCCACAAAACUCAAAGAGCGCGAGGCGGAAGUCGGUUGGCUUCGAGAGCUGUUGAAUGUGCGCAUUGACGACCUCGAAGACAUCAUCAACAUUGUCUCCUCGCAGCCAGAUUUCGAUCGAGACUCGGUCAAGGAUGCCGCAAUCCGGCUCAAGACCAAUCUGCAGAUGGAACAACAGAUUCGAGAACGCAGUACAGCCGCGGGCUCUGGAUCCGGCUCCUUGACCACUUCCUUUCCCUCAUUGUCGUCCGCGCUGUCGACAUAUGCUCAAUCUCCCAAGGCACUUCCACUAGCGGCAGCCGCGGCAUGGGGUAAUUGGCGAAAAGCUCGUGAAACAUCGAUUGGAGGCAUAUCAGACUCGGCAUCUAAUAUCGCCACAGCAGGCAGCACCAGCAGCAGUCACACACAGACGCCGUCCAAGUCCAAUGUCGGGAGCCCCGCGAGUUUUCUCUCAGGCAUCAUGACUCCUCCAAGCACGAACCAAAGGGGUGGUGGUGGGCCGACAAGCUCGAGUUGGUCCUUACCAGCCAUCGUCCCACCGCCUAGCAUGAGACCGGUACCUUCGCCGGCGGCAGCAUCAGCAAUCGCAUCUCCAUCCCCAGUACAACAACAAGCUCGAAAGUUCAGUUCGGAAGCAGCUCCUCGGCCUCUAAGAGCAUGGAGCUCGCAGCCUCGAUCUCUGUCGAGUCGACAACAGGAGAAGAAACGCGAGAGCCCUGGGUCACAGAUACAGAGUCCGUCGCAGCCGCAGCCACAAUCACAGGGUCUGUCCCAAGAUGGCAGCCAACAGAAUGAAUCAACCCCUUCUGUCGCCAGACCGGCAACAGCUGCUAGUGGUCUCCAGUCUCCCCGCACACCGACGCCCGUCCAAAGUCUACGGACAGGUCCGAACAUGAAUUUGAACUCGAAUCUGGAUUCGGAUCUGGAUCUGACAGAGGACAUUGAUGACGAUGCAUCUUUGUUGGACAACAAUAGCGUAGCGGCAUUGCCGUCGACGGCAUCACAGGACAAUAAGAACAAGCAUGAGCCCGAGCCUGAGCAUGAGCAUGAGCAUGAGCAUCAAGACCAGUCUGCCGAAGACUCAGAGGCCUAA